ACGACAGUGAUUCCAGAGAUGAACACAGGGCAGCAGCAGAGCUUGUUUUAGCAUUGUUCCACAAGAUGGCAGAAGCGUGGUUUUUAGGAUACAGAGAGUAGCUAAACGGAAAAGAAGAAGGAUAACAGCUUGGGGCAGCUUCCUCCGAGGAACAAAUCUGACCCUGAAAUUCGGUAGAAAUGUUUGGAAAUUUUAGAGAAAGACUUCACAUGGUCCAACAGGACUUCUCAACCAGUUUCAAGACCCUGGGAGACAUGUCAAAAGAGACCAAAAUCAAGAGGAAAUCCAGGUUGGAAGAAGGUUUUCCAUUUUUAGGUGGUGGACUUGACAUUUUGAAUAGGUUUGAGAAGAGUUGGUUUCUGCUCCAUAAAAGAACCAAAGCCUGUACCCAGACAGCCGAGUCUGUGGAUGGUGACAUAGUGAUGCUGUCAGCACACUGGGAGAGGAGAAAAGCUGCUCUGACGCACCUACAGGAACAACUGCAAAGCCUACCAGAUUUCAUCACCGAACUUGAUGCCAUUACUGCUAACAUAGCUCAACUAGAAGGUGAAUUUGCAGAGAUGGAGAGCAGACUGCUGCAUCUGGAAACUCUGUGUUGUCAGUGUGAGCAACAGACUGUAAAGAAUCAUCAUAUGAGUCAACUUGAAGAAUAUAAAAAGAAGAAAAGGAAGGAGACGGAUUUACUGGAAGCUGAAUUGAAGUGUGAGCAUGCUCAGAGAGUGGCAGAAAUGGAGCUGGUUAUGCAGCAGAAGCUGCGAGAGCGACAGAAGGUCUACGAGGAAGCCUUCAACCAAGACGUAGAGAAGUAUCUGUCCACUGGAUGCCUACAGGGCAAAGAGUCUGCAGGGGUCGAUGUGGCUGUUCUGGAUCAGAUGACAUUUAUUAACUUAUCAGACCUGGAGGCCCUGGAUGAUUUUCUUAAUUCCACUGGUGAAGAUUCCAGUUGUGGAUCCUCUCUGACGUCAGGUCCAGACCUGACUUCUUCCUCUUUGGAGUCCUUGAAUCAAGCUCCUCCCAUAAACAGCAGUCAGCCAGACCAGGCUGCAGAGACGCAGCAGGAGGAGCCACUGGUUCAGUCAGAUGAGGAGGAUGUCCAAGCAGACAUGUUCCUGGCUGCUGUGCAGGAUGUUGGCACAGCGUGGGACUCUGAUGAGAGCGAUGGAGCAGAUCCACUAAUGGAAAAACCUCAGAAUUGAAGAACUGCAGCUCAGCAAUAAAAGAAUUUUGUUCCUGUAAACCCAGGCGUUCAGCUACAGUCCCUCAUGUUUCUGUGUCCCUGCUCUAAUAUAGCUGAUUUAGAUAACUGGGUUAGCUCCUUUGUGAAUGACUGAUUAAAGUGUGUUAAAGAAA